AGAACAACACCAAGUUAAUUCAUUGCUACUUUCCAAUAACUUAUAUAUCAUGGCUCAGAUUCAAAAACUUGAAGUUGUGCACGAGGCCAAGUGCUGUCCAGACAAGUUGUACCGUAUGCUCACCCGUGAUGCAUCCCAACUAUCCAAAUAUAUCCCUAAUUUGGUCGAGAGCGUUGAAAUUACUGCCACCAGAGAGGGAGAAGUUUGUUUGGGCACAGGCUUUGUGUGGAAAUUCAUGCCAGUGGGUGGACCAACAAUGAUUUCCAAGGAGAAGAUAACGGCAGUCGACAACAAAAAUCGUUCAAUUACAUACACUGUCAUGGAAGGAGAUUUCAUGGGAGACUUCAAUAGUUUUAAUUUCAACUUGGAUAUAACUCCCAAGUCUGGUACUACUGAUGGUACAAGUUUGGUGAAGUGGUCUGUCGAAUAUGAAAAAUCUAAUGAAGACGUGGCUGAUCCGGUUGGAAUCCUCAAGUCAAUUGAAUUGAUGACUACUGAAAUGAAUCUCCAUUUGCUUAAGCAAGCAUAAAGAGUGGUUCAUUACUGAUGCAUGCAACUUGUAAGCCUGGCUCAAAUUGGAUGUUCUGAUGUUAGAACUAGUCAUAUCUAAAUAAAAGCUGCGUGGACUUGGCUAAUGACCACAAAUAAUUAAUAUGUGCAAUUUAUGUUUUUUUUUUA